UACAGUACUCAAGUAAAUUUACUCCGUUACUGUCCACCACUGGUUAGGGGAGUGCCUGCUCUCCUCUUGAUCUGAAUACGAUCCAGCUCCUUUAUCAGAACAGACAAGUUCUCACAUUGCCUCGGGCGUUCUUUCUGGAAAUAAGCACGAUUUUGUAUUGUUCAAGUGUGGUUCAACAAUGCCAUCGAGCUACAUCAGCCCUCAAGUUGCCCUCAGAUACCCGUGACACAGUCAGCAGACAACCCUCCUAUUGAGUUUGAUGGUAUCCAGCCAAAUGUCCUGUCCAUGUUUUUAGGCAAGUGGAUAUAGCUGCGGGAGUCUUACAUGAACACUGGAGACUUUAUAGCCCUGUUGCAGUCAUGAGCUGGUUCUCCCAAGCCAGAGAAAAGAAACAUUGAGAAUGAGAAGACCUGCUUUCUGCUUGAUAUUUUUUGUUUUAAACAAAUGCUAACUAAAGAGGCAUAUGGUAAAACAGGAUCAUGCCCUCUUCAUACUGAGACAAAGUGAAGAAAAACGAGCUGCUGCAGUCUUUAGCCACGCAUUCACAUUUGUGAAGCUUUCUGCAAACUUCUGAGAGCCUGAUGUUUUGUGGCAACUGAUGAUUAAUUGGAAGCUGCAUUAUUUUGCCAAGUGCGUUGUUCUUAACUGGGUUGAAAGAAUGAAGUUUUUUGUUUUCGUCGCUUUCUGCUGCUUCUCAGUUGUGUGUUUGGGUGCCUCAGACAUGCUGGAGGUGAGCGGCCAUGUUGGUGGAAAUGUCUCCAUCCCCUGUUUCGGGAGCUGGACCACAGAUGACGGCUCAGAAGACAACCGUGUAUAUUUCUGCCGAGGAGUCUGUUCUGGUGAAAACACUUUCAUUCAGACCAAGAUGAAAAGGUUUGCGCGGCGAGGAAGAUACAGCAUGGAGUUUGGCGGAAGAGAUGGUGUCUUUACUGUGACUAUAAGGAGACUGAGGAAGGCAGACACUGGGAGUUACCACUGUGGGAUGGAGAGAAGCUUUAACCUGUCAUACCAAGAAGUCAAUCUCAAAGUCCUAGAUGCAUCAACUGUUCCUUCUGGAUCCCCUCCAUCAGCUCCUACCAUCCUCCAAAUGGAAGAACAUAUUCCAGCCCAAGGCAUCUUUUCAUCCAGCACUGAACCAGCAGUCUUCACACUCCCCCCAUCCAAGGGGAAGAAAAAACACCAGAAAGCAAACAAACUCACAGAAACCACACUGGUCAUUAUAAUCUCAUGUAGCCUGGCUAUUCUGGUCUGUGCCAUUAUUCCUCUUAUAUUCUACAAACGCUGGCGCAGCAAUGCAGGUGAGGAUACGUCGGCAGAACUCAAAGCUGAGGGUGACUGGUGUGAAGAACACGCAGAUGUCGCGUCCACUCAGGGUGCAGUGGGGCUCCAGCCUUUAGAACCUGAGGUCCACCCAGAGUCCAGUGCUGGCGACAGCAUCCAGUACGCUGCCGUGUACGAGGCACUGGAUCCCAAAACUCUGGACUGAGCAGGGAUGAUUUUGUCUCUUUGCAUCUUUUGACAGCUAAUCUCACUCUUUUUUUCUGUCCUUUUCAGUCAAAUAAAGGACAGCUGUAUGAAGAUAAUUCUGUGUAGUUUCAUUUUCCAACUUUAUUUGAUAUCUGAGCCUUUUAUUCUUUAGUUUGUAGACAGGUAGCUAAAGAAUAAGAAAAAGUCAAAUAACAUAUAAUCUAUGUCAUAAAUUGUGCCAGGCGUAUUGUGAGACCGACAACAGAUGGAUGAUUAGGCCCAAUCCCAAUUCAACUUCACUUGCCCUUCUUUUCUCCACUCGCCCUUCUUUUCUUCCCUAACCCCUAAAAAAGAAGGGGGAGAUUUUAGGGCACUUGAGAUCUAGGGCACUUGGCCCAGGUGCCUGUCCCAUUUCUCCUACUCCCCCUCGUUUUCAUCCCUAACCUGAACAGGAAGC